AUGGCUCAUGCUGAGCAAGAAAAAGCUUAUGCAGAGGCGAUGAAGGAAUACCAUGAUGAGCAGAAGAAGACUGAAAGUGAGAGGAAGAGCAGAAAAGCCAUUUGCAGAGAUGUUGCGGAGAAGUGGAAAGCAAUGAGAAAACCUGUUACUGUCAGUGCUGAUACACUUCGACAAAGGCUCGAGGGAGGAUGGACCUGUGGUCAGUUCAAUGCAGAACAAAAUGCGUGGCUUUCACCUGAGGAGGAAGAGAGUGUUGUUGCAUACUGUAUCAAACUCAGAAACAGAGGAUUCCCUCUCAAUCACUCUCGACUCAAGUUUCAUGUCGACAUGCUCCUACAAGCUCGCCUUCAGUCCAACUUCCCAGAAUAUGGGGUGGGAAAGAACUGGACCGAGUGA